AUGACGCUUCUCGACGCCCACCUCGAGCAGAUCUCGCUGUGCUCGGCGUCUAUUGCUGAGCUGCCGUAUCAUACAGAGCCAGCGCCAUCGGCAAACAGACGCAACACCAUAUUCAACCCCAAUGGAGGUGCUGGCACCAGCAUAUCCGGCGGCGGUGCCAAUGCUGUAAGAGCACCUAGACGUAACACGGCUGUCGCCGCUGUUCUGGGCAAUGAACUGGUAGAGAGGAUACGGAGAGGUGGUGGCGGGGGUGCUGGUUCAGGCUUGGGCUACAGAAUGUACAACCCCAACAACAAGAACGAAGUAGACGUUGAAUCGCUACUGGAAGGAGCCGAGAAGCUGCUUGGAGUCUACCCGAUACCAGGCGUGGCCGACAAGAUCGCAGCCUUGCGCCAACGAUAUGCCCAGGUCGCUGCAUCGGUAGACUACUACGAGGAGCGGCUAGCUGAGCAGCAGGUCCAGCUUGGCAAACUGAACCGCUCGCGCGAAGACUACAUGGACGAAGAUGACGAGGUCCAAGACGAACCCGAGCCAGUUGCGCCCCUGACCGAGGAAGACCUGCGACGCGAGGAAGAAGAGACGCGCCAACUCGAGAAGAAGAAGAAGGAGCUCGAAGCCCGGCUCCGGGCUAAUGCCCAGGCCUUUGCCCAAAACGUACUAUCCACAGCACCGUCUCUCUACUCAAACCUCACCACACAGACGGAACGAUUUCAGGCCACCCUGCCUAUCUACCAAAGCGCCGUCUCCGCCGGCAUCAUCAAAGGGCAAAUUCCCGUGCCUCUAGGGGGCACCUCUACUGGACUCAUUGACGCCGCCCUCGUAAUUGAAGAACUCCACGCCGUAGAGCCAAGUACCGCCAUCACCAUCUUGGGCACCGGGCUAGGCCUUACGCCUCUAAUCUUAGCCGGCAGCAAAGAGCAACACGAAAAAUUCCUCACGCCAUUCCUAGAACAAUCUGGAGAAAGACUUGCCAGCUUCGUGCACAGCGAGCCCCAAGGGACCGCCAAUUGGCUUGAAAAGGGGGCUCCAGGUUUGCAAACUACAGCGUACAUGGAAGGCGAUGAAUGGGUGAUUAACGGAGAGAAGCUCUGGACCACCAACUCAGGCGGCUGGGACCAACGCGGCGCCGACCUCCAAUGCAUCGUAUGUCGGCAUAGCCAACCCAACGUUCCUCAAGACGCAGCAUGCGACCCCGUCUCCAACAUCCUAAUCCUGCUCGUGACCCGCGCCGACAUUGCCAACAACACCCCUGACGCCUACCGCGUGCUCAGCGACCCGGAACUCGGCGGCCACAAAUCCGUCAACGGCCCGCACUCGCGCUUCACGCAGUUCAAAGUCCCCGCUGCGAAUCUUCUCGCGGAGCCCGGGACUGGCGCGCAGGUCGUGGAACAGACAUUUGGCAUGUCCGCGGCCAUUGUAGGCGCAAUGUGCAUUGGCGUUAUGCGGCACGCCUUUGAAGCCGCGCUGGCGUUCUGCAAAAACGAGUUUCGAGGCGGAAAAGUAGCAGUGUUGCAGCACCAGAGCGUGAGCGAUCGCCUCAUCGAUGCGAAGAUGAAGAUUGAGGCCGCGCGCGCGCUGACAUGGAAGGCGAUGAGUGUGCUCGAGAGCAAAGAAAGCGUGCCGUGGGAACAGAGAUUGGAAAUCGCGCUUGAGGCCAAGAUUUGGUGUACCGAGCAGGUGACCAAGGUGGUGCUGGAGUGUAUGAGUGUUGUGGGAAUGAAAUCGUAUGCGACCGAUAUGCCGUUUUCAAAGCUACUCGAGGAUGCGGCGUGUCUUCCGCUUUUUGAUGGAGGAAAUGUCGGGGUCAGGAGACGGCAGCUUGAUAAGAUCUUUCAGCAGGAUGGCUAUCAGCCUUGGGGCGCGACGUAUCCGGCCUAA